AUGACUAUAGUUCAGAAAAAGAAACGUGUGUCUAAAAAAAACAAAGCAGCAUGGCGCAAGCAUUGUGAUAUUGCUGAUGUGGAAGAAUACCUUGAAGAUCAGCGAUUAGAGGAAAGACUAGGUAAAUUUGACUCAAAACCAGAUUCAGAACUCUUCGUAUUAGACACACAUGGUAAUGAUACACCAGAAGAAAAAUCUGAUAUAAAGCCAGAUGUAAAACUUUUGUCAGCCAAACUUAGAAAAAGAGCGAAAUUAUCAGAGACACCUAAGUGCUUUGAAGUGCUAUUACCAACUUCUAAGGUACAAGAUCCAAAUGCUAAAAGAAAUCAUGUGAAACCUGUUGGUUCAAAACCUACAGACUUGUCUAAACUUACAAAACAGCGGCAACUUGUCAAAGGUGUUUUAGAAAGAAAAAUAGAACACACAAAGAAGAAUAAGAGGCUUGUUGCAGCAAAACGGAAAAAGUCAAAGACAAUAAGGCAGACCUUUGAUAAGAAUAUUUGGGGAGAAGACGUGCUUGAAGCUAAAGGUAUACCGGAGACACUUUGUGAUGAAUUCAUAUCUCCAGAAGCCCAGUUGCAUAAUGUACCAACCACUAAAAGAUUAAGAACUAAGCCACCUCUACCGAAAACUUUAGUAACAAGAAAAGCUGUGGAACUGCCGCAUCCCGGAGUCAGUUAUAAUCCAUCAUUCCAGGAGCAUCAAGAGCUACUACAAGAAGUAGUACAGCAUGAGGAGAAAAUGAUGAAGCGUGAGGCGCACUUGCAGAGAGUCACUACUGGAAUGUUCAAAAAAGUCACUCCACAAGAGAAAGAAAACCAAUGGCGUGAAGAGAUGAGUGCAGGUUUGCCUCAACCACACAACCCAGCAACUGAUCCUGAUGCAGAAGAACCUUCGGACAACGAGUACAGAGCAAUCAACCCGCCCGUCCAGAACAAGAAGAAGGAUCACAAAGCUCGCAGAAAGCAAAGAGAGCAGAUUGUAGAGAAGGAACGGUUGAAACGGGCGAAGAUUGAUAAGAAAAAAAUCACUGAUAUUUAUAGGCUUCGCAAGAUCCAAGCGUCCCUAACAAAGAAAGAGUCCCGGGAUGCAGAGCUGCGUACAAAAAGGACGACCAAGCGCAGUGAGAUGGAAGAGAAAGCUCUCCCCGCAUUGAAUGCAAACAAGCCACCAGUGAAGGAGCCCGAGUUUGUUGACCCCAAACAGCUGACUGGUGACUUAAGGAGUUUAGCGGCAAAUGCCAAUCUUCUCCGAGACCGGUUCGAGUCCCUCCAGCGCCGAGGAGCGCUCGCAGCCUCAAAGAUCAUGAUGAAGAAGAAGAGGAAGCUGAAGAGCUACUUCAAGGCCGGCCACAAGGUCACAGACCAAGACGUGCAGAAGUUCCUGAAGAAAUCCUCCGCUAAAAAGGUCAAGGUUAAGGCU